GGGUUACUUUCUCUCUCCUCUUUUUGCUUCGUUCUCUCCUUCUCGCCGGAGCUUUCAUUAUCUCAUCACUUCAGAAGGUACGUCUCUCACUCUCUUCAUCUGUUUUUUGUAAUUAUUUUGUUGAUUGUUGGGUGACUUAGGUCUAGUUUGGUUGGAAUUCAAAAUUCCUGUGAAUUGGGGAAGUGAACUGUUGUUUGGUUAACCGUGAGCACAGGAAUUUACUUUUCCUGGGAAGUAGAAAUACCCACGGCAUAUUACAACAACAUACAUUAACUUUAAUCAUCAUCAUCUACCUUGCCCCUAAUCACCAUCACCAUCACCAUCAUUCACUAUCCACCUCCAUCGUUACCAUCACCAACGUCAUCAUCAACAUCCACCUUCAUCACAACCUUCCACCUUCAUCAUCAACACAAGAUGAUUUGCACCUUCACCUUCAUCCUGCAAUUCAAAGAUUAGAUAAUAAAAUUCGGUUUUUUAUACAAAAUUGGUAAGAUUUUAACAAAAUUAUAUGAUUUAUUUGUGGUGAUGAUCAUGGGUUUUCAAGUUGAUGGUGAUGAAGUUAUUAUGGACUUAUGGUUGAUGAAAUUAGAUCAAUAUAUGAUUUGAUGACUGAUUGCCAUUGAUGAUAAUAAAAAAUGAUGACCAAUUUAUUUGGAGAUGUUGAUCAACAAUUAAUUAUGAAUUUAUGGUUUGAUUGUGUCUACCAAAAAUCUCCUUAUUUGCUUCUUCACUCUUCAAUUGUCUAAGUGCUUUCCUCGCUCUCUACUGACGACCUUGAAGGAGGUUUACCAUUCAUUCUGCAAAAACUAAAAGGUUAUAUAGCUCUUCUGCAAUUGCAAAUUUCAAUAUUCACAUUGAUUGCAUUCCAUUCCAUUCCAUGGGAAAACUUAGCAAGCAAACACCUAAAUCCGAAGAACUCAAUCUCGAUGCCCUUCCAUGGAAUUCUUCGCUCUCUAUUACUAACAACCUUGAAGGAGGGUUUUUGUCAUUGGAAGAGAUUGACGAGUCCCAGUACAAUUUGACGAUUCCUGAUUCUGGAAAAGAAGUAGAAGUUAAUUUGAAGAAAAGGAAGCGAGUAGUUGAAGACAAAGUUGAUGAUGGUAACAUUAAGAUUGAUGAAGAAAAGAAGAAGAAGAAGAAAAAGAAGAACAUGACGAAAAAUGUACCAACUCAAGUUUUCGAGACCAACGUUGACGAGUUAAUGGAUGAAGAUGAAUUCAAUGCUUGGCAUGAGCUGAGGCUUCACCCACUUCUUAUGAAAGAAAUAUACAAGCUUGGAUUUAAGCAGCCAACAGCAAUUCAAAAGGCCUGUAUUCCUGCCGCUGCUCAUCAGGGAAAGGAUGUUAUUGGUGCUGCAGAGACUGGUUCUGGGAAGACUCUUGCUUUUGGUUUGCCCAUCUUCCAACGCCUUCUUGAUGAGCAAGAAAAGGUGGUGAACAAACAGACCCUAGAAGAUCUGGAUGUUGCUGAGAUAAUCGCACCAAGAGGCCUGUUACGAGCUUUAAUAAUAACCCCUACAAGGGAACUUGCCCUACAGGUUACUGAUCAUCUCAAAGCAGCAGCGAAAUCUACCAAAUUUCGGGUGGUUGCUAUUGUUGGUGGGAUGUCAACAGAGAAGCAAGAGAGGCUUUUAAAAGCUAGGCCUGAAAUUAUUGUUGGCACACCUGGUAGGCUGUGGGAACUUAUGUCAGGAGGAGAGAAACACCUUGUUGAGUUACAUUCAUUGUCUUUCUUUGUGCUGGAUGAAGCAGAUCGGAUGAUUGAGAAUGGACAUUUUCAUGAGUUACAGUUCAUAAUUGACAUGCUUCCUGCAAAUAGUGGAGCUAUUGAGAAGUGUUCCCAGGAUGUGCAGAAUUGCACAACUGUCUCUAGCUUCCAGAGGAAAAAACGUCAAACUCUAGUGUUUUCUGCAACAAUUGCAUUAUCUGCCGACUUCCGUAAAAAGCUAAAACGUGGAACCGUUAAACUAAAACAGUCAGCAACGUAUGGAUUGUCAUCUCUAGAAGCUUUAUCAGAAAGAGCAGGAUUGAGACCUGAAGCUGCAAUUUUUGAUUUGACCAGUGAAUCAAUAAUGACUAGCAAUCUUGUGGAGUCCUUUCUUGAGUGUAGUGAAGAAGACAAGGAUGCCUACUUGUAUUACAUGUUGCGUGUUCAUGGCCUAGGCCGGACAAUUGUUUUCUGCUCAAAAAAUAAUGCCUCACGUCAUGUUGCUGCCCUUUUAAGCACCCUUGACAUCAGUGUUUCUGUCCUUAAUGGUGAGAGGCAGCAGCGAGCUCGAUUAAAGGCACUUGAUAACUUUCGCAAGAAUAAGAAUGGAAUACUUGUAGCUAGUGAUGUUGCUGCCAGAGGACUGGACCUACCUGGAGUUCGUAUGGUUAUCCACUAUCAGCUUCCACGUUCAGCAGAAGUUUAUGUCCAUAGAAGUGGACGAACUGCUAGAGCUUCUACUGAUGGAUGCAGUAUAUUACUAGUCUCAUCAAAUGAGAGAUCAAAAUUUCCCUUUCUGUGCAAAUCUUUUGGCAAGGAUACUCUUCAGCGUUUUCCUAUUGAUGACUCUUACAUGCCAGAAGUUAGGAAGCGGUUAUCUCUUGCACGUCAAAUAAUUAAGAUUUCAUUGAAAGACUCAAAGGAAAAAGUAAAGGACAGCUGGAUCAAACGCAAUGCUGAGUCAAUAGGACUAGAUAUGGAAGAAAAUGACAGUGAAGAAGAAAGAGUUGACAAAUGCAGGCAAAAGAAAUCUACCGUAAUGCAGUUGAAGAAACUCCAGCAGGAGCUCAACGUGCUGCUAUCACGUCCACUGCAGCCAAAGUCCUUUUCGCAUCGCUUCUUGGCUGGGGCUGGUGUUUCCCCUAUGCUGCAGCAUCAACUAGAAGAGAUAGCUCAGCAGAAAGGGAGCAACGACAGAAGUCUAAAAGAUAACAAAAGGAAUUUAGUUAUGAUUGGUCAGGUUUGUGUAGAGCCUCUCCAGGCACUUCGGAAUCGGAGGGCUGGUCCUGAGCAGGCAUGCCUGAAUAUGAAUAUCAAUGAUCUCGCAGAGAAGCACCGAGACAUGGAGAAGUUGAGAAGAAAACGAAAAGAGGCCAAAAAACGUCUGAAACAGCAAAAGAAGACGGACAAGAAAAGGCGAAAAUAAUUGCAGGGUGAUGCACAUUUAGUAGUCAUUAAUUAAUAUUACUAUUUUUGCCUAUAUAUAGAUUUUUACCUUUCCCUUGAAAGGUUUUAGAUUUAAUUAAUAUUUAUUUUGUGUAAAUUUAUCUUUUAUUAGGAGAUAAUUAAUAAAAUUGUAUUUGCUUAUUUGUGGCCUAAUAACUUAACUAAUGGAGAAAUCAGUUUUGUGCGUCAAUAUUUUUCACAGAAACGACUACUCCCUCCGUUCCUACAAAUUAUAGACAUUUGUGUUUUUUUCACUAUUCACAAGUAGAGGGAAUUUUUUCAAUAACUUUUGUUAUGCAAAAAAGAAAAAAAAAAAGUCGUGUGUGGUCUUGUUUGAUCAUCUAAUUAAGUACAUUAUUUAAUUUCAAUCAUUAUAAUUUUUGGAGCUAUGUAAUUGGAGACCGCCCCAAUUGGAAACUGAGCUUUGCUAUAGUAGCAAAACUCAUCCUAUUUUGAGAUAAUAUAUUAUAACUUUAGGGGUAAUGUCGUCUUUUCAUUUUUCUU